AUGUUUGUUUGCGUACGUAAAAUUUUGAUAGUGGCGCAUGGUGUUGUCGAGGACUCUUUGAUAGACUAAACUAACUUACUUGUUACAUGUACAUGUACCUGAUCUGUGCUGCUUAGUUUGCAGCUGUGACUGCUAGGAGUGAAGACGACAUAAGUACAUAGUAUCAGUAGUACUAGACCAAUAAAAGAUCUGAAGGCAUUCUGGCGUCAGCAUUUCAGGAUCUGUGACCUGUGGGUAAAUUAUUUUGACAGACAGUGUAUCGUGCAGUAUGGAGCUGAAUGCUCAGGCACAAGAGCGAGAAUGGCUGAUAAAGAGUCAGGUGCCACUCACCAUCAAUCAGCUGAAACUUUGCCUUGAGCGCUGUCUCAACCUCUUCAAGAUGAAUUCGAAAAAAGACUCUAAAGAAGAGACGGCUAGUUCGAAGCCCUGCAAAUAUGUAUUCUCAACUCCUCACCAGGAAGUGAUGAAAGCUAUCGUGGCAGUAGAUGGGCAUCGGAUUGUUUAUGCGGAUAUAUCCCUUCGUUUGCCAUCAGCCAAGUCCAACUCUGCGCCAGUGCUUACUUCACUGCGGGAGAAUGCUGUUUGGCCACUGAUCCAGCUGCGUACAUCAGGCCAGUGUGUAUCCCGUGCCAUCAACUUGCUGAGUGAUGCAGCACCGGCUGCACUACUGGCCAGUAGCCAUGCGCAGAGUCAUGGUGAUGCGGCGUGUAUGCUCAUGCAGCAGCUGGAGGUAUUACUGAGUAAAGCUGUGGAUAGUCUGAUGAUACCGGAUCAGUGGGAUCUAGGUGAACAAGCUCGAUUGAACCAUCAGGCUAACCUGAGACCGUUUGUCCCCGACGACACCAUGAUAGUUUUCUACAUCCACUGCUCUCGCCUAGUGGCCGCCGUGUAUACCAUUGCACCGGCGCCUCCGCAAGCUGGACCGAGGAUACCUGUGGAUGCCCCAGUCCGUGCCUACGUUGGCUCAACAUUUGAUCGUGGACAGCAAAGACACGAAGUGACGGCGGUCAAUAGGAUUGAAGUAACCAUGCCCUGGGUAGCAGAAGUGCUCUGUCUACUCACAACCGCUCAGCAGCUUUGUCAGCAACUCAAAGAAAAGAUCACACUGAUGAGAUGACAGUAACUUAGUAGUAGUACUACUACUACCAAGGGGUUAUGUACUCUUGCUACUAACGUCACGCAUACAAGUAUGUGUCUAUUCUAGAUGUGUGCACUUUAUCUGAGCCUCCUCUGGAUUCAGUCACUCCUUGAUGACAAACCAGCCAGUGCCAAUGGGCUUAGGAAGCCAUCUCCCCAAACAAAAAAGUACGAUCCAUCUCAUUAUUUCUUCGGUUGGCUAGCCGUGGCGUGGCUGCUUCAUUCUUGCCUUGUUUGACAUCAUUCUUCUUUUAAAACCAUCCAAAAGAGCCUCAUAUUUUCCAAAUCCCUAUGCAAGUCAUAUAAACUUAGACCAUCUUCUGAAUUGUUUUACUUUCCUAACCUCACUCUGGUUUUAGUUGACCGUAUUACUAUUACCACAUGCAAAGCCAUGCAAAGUCAUCAUCAAUAGAAUUUUAGACCAAUCCCGCUCACUCCCUUCACGACAUGUAGGCUUUAGAUAUGUUUUUUUCUGUUGAGUUGGGGGCUAGCGAUGAAGAGCUACACGUCCGACUCCUGUCCAGGUUGUAGAAAGAAACUGGCAGCUCGCUUUCUCAUUUGUUUAAUAUCCGCCAUUGACUGCAUGGCUUCCCAUGGCUCUCAUAUACUUCAUAUAUCAGAGUUUGUGCCUGAGCUUUAUUGUCAUUAGAACUCACAUCCACAGUUUAAUUCUUUAAGUUCGGUAUGGGUUGUGAGUAACCUGCCAUUAGAUCUGCAGUUGUACUGCUAUACCUCCUUAUUCAUUUUUUUUAGUAAGCUGUUGUUGAUGCUGGUGCUGUCGAGUGCUAUCGGCUUGUUUGUUUUUUACUUUGUUGUGUACGUGUGACACUGCCUGGCAGAAUUGUAGUAGUGUUAGUGCAGUAGUGCAAUACAAUCUUAUCAGAGUUUCCAA